AUGAUCUCCAAGGCAGAGACGUCUAUCGUCGGUCGCCAGUUAGGCGUCGCUGAUGUGCGUGUCCAGUGGGUCGGCCGCCGAUUUUACAGUGCUAUACCUCGGUUUUCUUGGCUGCAUGGCAGCCUGGGCCCCGGUGCCGGCAGUGGAUGCGAUUCCAAAACUUCCGGUGCAACUAGCAGCGUGAAUGCCCUCAUCACCGAGCUCGCCCUCCUCACGCUAACCCCAACAGCGGCACCCUCCGCCGCCGCCCGGGCACGGUUGCACUGCCUCCAAUCCGUCGACGACCCGGGCGCCAUCUACCUCGUCAGCCAGUAG